AUGUCCACCCCACCAAACUACAGCCUCGCCGCCCCCGCCAAGCGCCCGGAGAUCCUCGCCCUCGCGCAGGAUCUCAACGGCACUCCGCCGGGGGAAGAGUAUGAGAAGAUGAUCUCGGGGAUGAUGUACGACCCCACUGUCCCCGCCCUCCUGGAAGCCCGCCAUCUCGCCCGCGGCCUCACCGCCGCCUACAACAACCUCGACACCACGACCGUGCGCUUUGACAAGGUCGGAGAAGUGAGGCUAGACCUGCUACGCAAGUUGGUGGGCAAAGCAGGGGACAAGACCUUCGUCGAGCCGCCCUUUCGCCCGGAUUAUGGAUGCAAUAUAUCUUUCGGGAGGGAGGUGUUUGUGAACUUUGGACUCACCGUCCUCGACACCAGCCUAGUCGUCAUUGGGGACCGCGUCCAAAUUGCCUCGAACGUAAGCAUCAUCGCCGCCAGCCACGACCCCAGUGUCCUCUCCAGACGGAAAGGAGUCGAGUUCGGUCAUCCUGUUUUCAUCGGGGAUGAUUGCUGGAUCGGCGCGAAUACAGUCAUUCUUCCCGGUGUCACAAUCGGGCAGGGCUCCACAAUCGGGGCCGGGUCUGUAGUGACGAGGGAUGUUCCUCCUUAUUCGGUCGCAUUUGGAAGUCCUUGUCGGGUGAGGAGGGCGUUGGUCACGGCUGAGGAGGAGGAGAUGGAUGAGGAGAGUCCUUAUAGGGGGGUCUUUGUAUAG